AUGGAGAACCGAAGCCCACUGGCCAUCUUGCAUCUGCUGCUGCUGCUGCUGCUGCCUUGCACCCACCAGGAACAAGCCCUAGGAUUUGUUCUCCCCACUCAGAGUGCUCAGGAUCCUCCUGCUAGACAUCUCAUCAAUGGCCCAGGACAAAAGCCAGUUGCUGUUAUGACAUUUGACCUCACCAAGAUCACUAAACCUUCCUCUUCCUUUGAGUUUCGAACAUGGGAUCCAGAAGGAGUGAUUUUUUAUGGGGACACCAACAGUGAGAAUGACUGGUUCAUGCUAGGGCUUCGGGAUGGCAGGCCUGAGAUCCAGCUCCACAAUCUCUGGGCCCAGCUGACAGUGGGGAUUGGACUUCAGCUGAAUGAUGGGAGAUGGCACCAGGUGGAAGUGAAGAUCGAUGGGGACUCACUGCUGCUGUGGGUGGAUGGGGAGGAGAAGCUGAGCCUGCGACAAGUCUCUGGGCCCCUGACCAACAAACCUCAGCCCAUCAUGAGGAUUGCUUUGGGGGGGCUGCUCUUCCCCACGUCCAAGCUCCGGUUACCGCUGGUCCCUGCCCUGGAUGGCUGUGUACGCCAUGACUCUUGGCUGGGCAUGGUGGCCCAGACCUUAGUGUCUGCACCUUCUAGCCUAACAAAUUGUGAUGUGGAAUUGCAACCUGGACUGUUCUUCCCUCCAGGGACUCAUGCAGAAUUCCGUCUCCAAGACAUUCCCCAGCCUCAUGAAGACCCCUGGAUGUUUUCUCUGGAUCUGGGAUUUAAGAUGGCAGCAGGCUCAGGCCAUCUCCUCGCUCUUGCGGCACCAGAGAACUCUUCUUGGCUUAGUCUUCAGCUCCAAGAUCAAAAGGUGGUGUUGUCUUCCUGGGCGGGGCCUGGGCUGUCUCUGCCUCUGGUCUUGGGAAUCCCUCUUCAGCUGAAGCUGAAUGUUUCUAGAGUGGUUUUGAGCCAGGGGUGGAAAUCAGAGGUCCUUUCCCUGCCUCCUUUGGAACUUGGCCCCUUCCCUAACCUCUGGGCCCAGCCUCAAGGUCGUCUCUUUAUGGGGGCUUUACCAGGAGAAAACUCUUCUGCCUCCUUUUGCUUGGAUGGCCUUUGGGCACAAGGACAGAGACUGGACAUAGACAAGGCUCUGAGCAGAAGCCAAGACAUUUGGACUCACAGCUGCCCCCAGAGCCCAGGCAAUGGCUCUGAUACCUCCCAUUAA